GUUUACCUAUGCAACCCGUCUCUGCGGUGAUGAAAGGCACCCCUGACUUGGUCCCAUAUCCCUGAAACCCCUGAAACCCAGAAGUGGCUCUCUUGUCUGAAGCUCAACUGCACUGACCUGUCAGGUAGCCGUUGCGGAACGAGGCAUUCAGAAUCGAUCCCGAUCAAGCUUUAGCAGCGGUAUUAUAUCAAUUGCAGCUUCAACAAACCAAUUGCAAGAAACAAUUCUAGAGUCUGGAUCAUCAUACCUCGUUUUCACCAUGAACACCUCAUCAUUGAUCACGAUAGGUCUCGCGAUCUCUGUAGUGUUUAUGUUCUGGACAUUGUCUUCAACCUCUUCCUCGCCUUUUGCCGGGGCCUUCCCCCGCCUCUACAACAAACGAAUCUGUCUACUGAUCGCCCACCCCGACGAUGAGGCCAUGUUCUUCGCGCCUACGGUGUUGGCCCUCACUAAACCGGAGUAUGGCAAUCACCUCAAGAUUCUCUGUCUGAGUACCGGUAUGGCCGUCCUGAUGCACUCCUCAUUGGCAAAGCGAAGCAAAGCCAAGCGCGAACCCACUAACCCGUCACCGCUCAUGGGAUAUCUAGGCGACGCAGACGGUCUUGGACACAUCCGCAAGAAAGAACUUGUGAAGAGCGCCCUGCAACUCGGACUGCGGAGCGAAUCGGACGUGUACGUCGUGGACGACCCCACCCGAUUCCCGGAUAGCAUGACAACCCACUGGACGGAGAACGACGUUGCCUCGAUCCUCGCAUCAGCGUUUGCGCCGGAGAUGUCGUCAUCGAAGCCCACAAGGAAGUCAGGCGGAGGGGCAGCGGCGGCACCGACGGCGACCAUCGACGUGCUGUUGACGUUCGAUAAGGGCGGCAUCAGCAAUCACCCCAACCAUCGAUCUCUGUAUCACGGCGCGCUGCAUUUUCUGCGCACCCUGGUCAAGGAUAGUCCCGGAUACCAGUGCCCCGUCACGCUGUACACGCUGACGACGACCAAUAUCGUGCGCAAGUACGCCGGGGUCCUCGAUGCGCCCUUCACGAUGGUGAGGGGUGCACUCAGCUCGAUCGCCUCGGGCUCGGGAAGCCGCAGCUCCAAGGACCAGCUCCCUUCUCGGCUUCUGUUCGUCAGCUCCGUCAAUGAGUGGUUGACGGCCCAGUCGGCAAUGGUGAAGGCCCACCAGAGUCAGAUGGUGUGGUUCCGUUGGGGCUGGAUCACGAUUGGGCGGUACAUGGCUGUCAAUGACCUACGACGUGAGAAGAUUUGAAUUGGGUUUUAUGCAGCUUCGUACGCUAGGCGUCGGGAUGCAGAUUCUAUAGAUACUCUGACCCAUCCCGCCUCGAUGAUCGUGCAGUCUCCUUAUCUGAAGGGGAGACUUAUCGUUGAAUAGGGAGCUUUAGGUAUGAUCCACCCCUGGUCACAUGUAGAGUUUCUUUCUAGUUUCUUUAC